GAUGCUUCUUGGCCACCGGUAAGCAUCAACAAUCUUGUCUCUACUUCUACUGUCUCAACAUCUUCAUUUAUUGCUGGAUCUGGAGUUACUGUGUCCCCAGUAGGGGCUCGUUUUUCAGUACCUAUGACAGAAUCGGCAUCUCGUUCCUUUCGUCAAAUAUCCACUGAAAUGAUUGACAUAUCUGUCAGAGAUAAAAGGGGAAUUGUCGAAGAUAGUGAUUAUAAUGAUGUCAAGAUCACAAAUGAUCCUGAAGUAUGUGCUGCUGUGUCUAGAGGUUCUCGUACAGGCCCGAUGAGUCGGCAAGACAAGGAUAUAGCUAAAAAAACGCUGCCAAAUGGUCUCGCUGCUUCAAGGACGUAUGGCAUCCUUCCUGCUCCCAAGGCUAAUACUUCCCAUAGUUCUCUUGUCUCGAACAUCGACGAGGAUUCUGAGUCCUCUACUUCAUCGUCCUCUUCCUCAAUAUCUAAGUCCUCUGUGGCUUCUGUGGCCUCAUCCUCUUCUUCAUCUUCUCAUUUAGCAGCAUCUAGUUCUCAAAUAAGAGAUUCAUCUGCCUUAUCUCGGCGAAAUCCAUCUGAUCUACCCGCUUCGGAAUCUUUCCAAACAAACGACCUUGAAUCACAAACCGCCACUAGUUCUAUUCCCUCUCCACGGCACCCAUCUUCCAUUGCCUCCGCAUUUUCCUCUUUCAUUGCAUUUAAUACAUCGAAUUCGCGAAACAAGUCUUCCUCUGCUGGCCAUUCAGGCUCCCGAGUCUCACCUUUAACUUCUCAACCGAUUGGAACGGCCAAAAUCCGUAUUAAGCCAUUGCCACCUAGGCCAACUGAUAUAACAAUUUUUGCAUCAGCCCAUACUGUUUCAGCCACUGGCACAUUUGAUAACGUGUCUACGCCUUCCGCGCCCAGCGAUCCGGGGCACUCUGGAAGACAGGAAAUUGGUCCCAAU